AUGCUUCUUGAUGGAAUAUUUGAAGGAUACAAGAUUCAAAAGCAAUUCGGCCAUGGUUCGUUCGGGCAAGUUUAUAUUGUGAAGUCGGAGAAAGAUGGAAAAUUAUAUGCUGGUAAAGCCGAAGUUCGCAAUAAUAAGCAUUCAUCUUUAUUAUUUGAAAUUAAAUUGUAUCCGACAUUGCAACAGUCCCAAUAUAUUCCACGCUUUAUUGAAGGUGGAAGUACUAAUUUUUCUAAUUAUUUAAUUAUAGAGUUUAUCGGUCCAUCUAUUCUAUCAAUGUUGUCAACACUCAAGAGGAAUAGUUUUUCAUUAUCAUCUGGCCUCAGAAUUUCAUAUCACAUGCUCAAAGCGGUGAAAGAAAUUCAUGAUUUAAAGGUUAUUCAUAGGGAUCUCAAACCAUCCAAUGUGCUGAUAACCAAGGACAGGGCCAUCCCUAUAAAGAUAAUAGACUUUGGAUUGUCCAGGAUAUAUAUUAACCAUAAAACCGGAGCGAUGAUUCCUGAAAGGGAUAGCCCCGGAUUCAGAGGAACUGCAUUAUAUUGUUCUGUUAAUGCACAUCUUCACAAAGAUCUCUCUCGUUGCGAUGACUUAUUUUCAUGGUAUUUCGUUUCCGCUGAUCUAAUUAACGGUGGCCUGCCAUGGAAAGGUAUUGAAAACCGUGACGAAAUCAUAAAAUAUAAGAGAGACCAUGAUAUGGGGCAACUUUUUCGCUCCACAAUCCCAGAAUAUGCAGAGAUAUGGAAUCAAAUUAAGAAUUUAAAAUAUGAUGAUCAACCUGAUUAUCAGACCAUGUUCACAUUGAUAGAAAUGGCCAUGACAAGAUUCCAAAUUAAUUUAGAUGAUCCAUAUGACUGGGAAGAAUCUUCAUCAGAAGAAGAACUCGAUUACGAUGAAUCAGAUUGA